UCCCAGCUGCACAAUGUGCAGAGGUGUGCAUCCUGAGUGCUGAUUGGCUGAUCCAACUUCCUGUUCUUUGCUAUUUGAGCGCCCCCUAGCCAGAAGGGUACAUUUGCAGAAAUAUAAAUGGAACUAUGCAGCUGUCCCCAAAUGACAGAUAUACCACAUGUGUUCCCUGAUGUGCAGUGCUGGAGAUGUCUAAUCUAGGCUUGAAUCAUAUCCCAUCUUCCUACCAUUGCUGCUUUAUAAUUUCUGUUUUGGGACCAGCUAACUAAGCCUUGUAGGUCUUUUUUUCAGUAAAUGGAGAAUAGCUGCAGUCUUGGUUGUUUUUCAUGCCAGAAAUCAUGAAGUUGGAAGGAACUUUAGAAUGCAUUUUGUUCACACACACAUCCUACCAGUGCAGAUUCCACUAGUGCUGCUUUAGAGAGUGACAUUUGCUAUGAUCUAGACCAGUGGUUCUCAACCUGUGGGUCGGGACCCCAUUUGGGGUCGAAUGACCAUUUCACGGGGGUCGCCAAACCACGCUGUCCGCCAUUUUUUCCCUUUUCCCUAGCUGUCCUACUCCCUCUUAUUGAUGGCCACACCCACUUGGGGGUCACCACAACAUGGGGAAUUGUAUUAUGGGGUCACGGUAUUAGAAAGGUUGAGAACCACUGAUCUAGACUUUCUCCUCUUAAUACACCCCAAAACAGCAAUUAAUUGAUUGAAUGAAUGAAGUUGUUUCACAUUGCUGACUCAAAGUUGUGGAUUCCGUUUCAGAUGGUCUACUGUCAAGCCAGGUCUCCCUGUUCAAUACCUGACUGACAUUUUUCUGAGCGUGAUGCAGAUAGAUUUUUAUCUAGUUUUAUAUAUAUUUUUAUUAAUUUUUUAUAGUCACAAGUGCUUUAUAUUUUCUCAGCAACAUAUUGUCUGGGUUCCAACAUUUAACUUACUAAUACAUGUUAAAUUCCUUUCUCUCUACCUCGUUUUUCUAGCCAUUUAUAAAAGGUAUCCCAUGUUCUAAAAUAAACCGAAUCUUCUUUCUCUUUCAUUUUUAAUGUCAAUCUAUCCAUUUCUGCAUAUUUAAUUUUUUUUAAUUAACUUUUCCUCCAUUGGUAAAUCUUAAUUUUUCCAAUGUUGACCAAAUACAAUUCUUGUAUUUAUAUGUAAAAUUAGAUAUAUAUAUUCUUUCUCAUAAUUUCCUACAAUUAUGCCUAACAAAAAUAGCUCUGGCUUAAAAUCUAUAUAUUUUUAGUCAUUUUCUAUAACCAUGUGUUUAUUCUUAACCAGAAUAUUUUGGCUUUAGAGCAUGUCCACCAAAGAUGGUGCCUGGUUUCUGUCUAUAUUUUUAACAAUUGCUUGAUAUAUUUUUAAACAUUUUUGCUAACCUCACUGGUGUUAUUUAGUUAGUUAUUACUUUGGUCUUUUCUCUAUUUUCAGACCUACCACUUCUCUAAAUUCUUCUAUCUUUUUCAUAAACUUAAGGCUUGUCUCUAGGGGCUCUUCUAGUAUAAAGACCAAAUUGUCCGCAAAUGCUUGUAAUUUGCAUUUUUCAUCUUUUAUUUACAAUCCUUUAAUUUCCUUAUCUUGUCUAAUGUUUCUGUUUAAUACCUCCAGUGUUAAUAUAAAUAACAAUGGGAAUAAUGGACACCCUUGUCUUGUGCCUUUUUGAUAUUGAAAUUUUCUGUAAGAUCUCCAUUUACAAUUACUUUAGUGGCUAGAUUUUUAUCUUGUUAAAUACCAUCCUAUUUAAGGUUUGCUAAGUGUCUCUUCAACUCCCUUAAGUUAUUGAUAAAAAAAAAAAAGUUGAAUAGCAGAACAGACAUAAAAUACUUUUCUUGAUAGUUUUCUCCAAGAGAAGCCAUUAAUGAGCUCUCUUUAGAUCAGGGGUGUCAAACUCGCAACAUCACGUGACAUGUCAUGACUUUCUCUCCAUUGCCGGCAAUGGGAUGGGCCCAGUUUCGGUGUGACGCAUCCGGCCUAUGGGCCGGCAGUUUGACACCCCUGCUUUAGAUGUGAAUCCAGUUAUCCUAGUCUAGCUCUUAUUUUCCAUUCUAUGAAGGAUAAUGUUAUGCAAUCAAAGACUUGCUGAAAUCCAGGUAUAAUAAACUUACAUUUCUCUUAUUCAUAUUAACAGAAUUACAGCCUUGGAAGGGACCUUGGAGAUCUAGUCUAGUCUAACCCCCUGCUCGAGCAGGAAAUCUUAUACCAUUCCAGAUAAGUAGCUGUCCAGUCUCUUCCCACACUUUAAAUAUUUCUCCCGUCCAGUCACAAAAUCAGAACUUGAAGCAACUGGCACCCGCCCACCCCCGGCCGGGGCUCGAGCAAAACGGUCCGGGUCAGUUCAGAACGACGCCGCUUGGACCGAGACUCCGCCUUGGGGCGAGGAGGCUUUUUCCUCUUUUCCUAGCAGGCCUUCUGACGGGCGGUUCCGCAGACGCCGCCAGAGGACGUCGCUUGGGCUGCCUGAGCCUCCCCGGUGACCAGCCAAGAGGCAGUGAAGCCGAAGCCAAGGUGGGCUCCUGCGGGCCGACCCCUCCCAACCGCAGCGCCGGAAGCCCAGGGACGAAGGGGGCGGGGGACGCCUACGUGCUUGCUAGCCCAACCAAUCCGGAGGACGGGGCCGGCGGCGGCCUGACGUCUCCUGCGUCACGUCCGCUGCAGGGGCCGAGGCGGGCGCCCGAGCGGGAGGCGGUCAGGCGAGCGGGGCCGGCCCCGGAGGCGGCGGCGGCGAUGGAACUCAGAAUGAAGCGAAGAACCUCCGAUAGAGGUGGUGGGGAAACAUCAGCCAAGGUUCUCUGCCCAGGGAUUUCCAGCAGUAACACCAAAAGAGCUGGGCCUUUCAUACUUGGCCCACGUUUAGGCAACUCCCCAGUGCCUAGCAUUGUUCAGUGCUUGGCAAGAAAGGAUGGGACAGAUGACUUUUAUCAGCUGAAGAUCCUCACCUUGGAGGACAAGAAUGACCAUGGCACAGAAACCCAAGAGGAACGUCAGGGCAAAAUGCUGCUGCACACAGAGUUCUCUCUCCUCUCUCUCCUGCACAAUCAGGAUGGGGUGGUCCAUCAUCAUGGCCUUUUCCAGGACAGAACCUGUGAGCUGGUGGAAGAACUGGAGUCCAAUCGGGUGAUCCGAAAAAUGAGGAAACGUAUUUGUUUAGUGUUGGACUGCCUCUGUGCCCAUGACUUCAGUGACAAGACAGCUGAUCUCAUCAAUCUCCAGCACUAUGUCAUCAAAGAGAAGCGGCUUAGCGAACGAGAGACCAUUGUCAUCUUCUAUGAUGUUGUGCGGGUGGUGGAAGCCUUGCACAAGAAGAACAUUGUCCACAGAGACUUGAAACUGGGGAACAUGGUGCUAAACAAAAGGACCCACCGAAUUACGAUCACCAACUUCUGUCUUGGGAAGCAUUUGGUGAGUGAAGAUGACCUGCUGAAGGACCAGCGGGGCAGCCCUGCCUACAUUAGUCCUGAUGUCCUCAGCAGUCGGCCAUACCGUGGCAAGCCCAGUGACAUGUGGGCGCUGGGAGUGGUCCUCUUCACCAUGCUCUAUGGACAGUUUCCCUUCUAUGACAGCAUCCCUCAAGAGCUCUUCCGCAAGAUCAAGGCUGCUGAGUACACGAUCCCAGACAGGGAUGGGCGGGUGUCCGAAAACACCGUGUGCUUGAUCCGGAAGCUGCUGGUCUUGGACCCUCAGCAACGCCUGACAGCCUCAGAAGUGCUCGAAUCCCUCAGCUCCAUAAUUGCAUCCUGGCAGUCCAUGUCCUCCCUCAGUGGGCCCUUACAGGUAGUGCCCGAUGUCGACGAUCAGGUGGUCAACCCAGAACAUGCACAUGAGGCGAAGGUGACUGAGGAGUGUUCACAGUACGAGUUUGAGAAUUACAUGAGGCAGCAGCUCUUGCUAGCGGAGGAGAAGAACACGCUCCAUGAGGCAAAGAACUUCCUGCAAAAGCGGCAGUUUGGCAGCGUCCCUCCAGUGAGACGCCUUGGCCAUGAUGCCCAGCCCAUGAACACCCUGGACGCCGCCGUUCUCGCACAGCGCUACCUUCGGAAGUAGCUCGCACAGGAGGCGGAAGUCACGCUCCACCUGCCUAGCCUGGUGCAAGAAUUGGGGCCGGGCCUAGGUGCCAAGCAAUGUAGCAGUCUUCCCUGCGUGCUGAGGGGUUUUUGCUUGCCGAGAUUGCCCCAAGAGGACAAGUGGAAGACACCUGGCUGGGACCAGCACCGUGGAUUUGAACUUUCAUCAUAGACAGUAGCCUGCUUUUACUUAAUGACUCCGAAAUCUACCUCUCCGCCUUUUUUAACCACACUGUUCUCUGGACUGAAAUGUAGAGUGGUUUUGGCAAAAGUUGUCCCAGCAGGCUCCUUUCCUAACACAAACGGGAAAGCAGGUGGAUUGCAUUUUGCUCCAUACGGUUUGAAUAAGCUUAAUCAUUUUUUUCUCCAAUGUCCUUUACCCUGGGUUUCAAAAAGGGUAACUCUUUCUUAAACCCAUUUUUGUUCAAUACUCUGGGUUCUGUUUUCAGUUUAAGCCCCAGGUUGAAUUUACUUUGUGCAAGCAUUAAUUUGAGACCCCAGUGUGAUUAUGGUCUUGCAAAUGUCUCAUCUUUAUUCUGAGUUUGUUGAACCAAGACAAUUUGUUGCAGAUUCCAGCUAGGCCAAGUUUCAACCCAGAGCUGUUUACAAUGUAGCUUUUCUGGAGGCUGGUCUCCAAGCCACUUAAUUAUUUUGGAUCUCCUGGGUGUUCUGUUUUGGUUUUGAUUUUUUAAAAUGGUAGCUUUUGAAAAGUGCAGCAAUGUUGCAUUGAUUCUGCUGAUUUUUAUCUCUUGUCCCAUUAACCAUGGAGGCAUGUUUGAAGGGAUAAAUUUUUGAUAAUGUGAAAGGGGUAGUUGUCCCUUCCCUCUUCCUUCUACUCCAUCCCCCACCUCUCCCCCCACUGCAGACCUCACUUCAGUCCCCUCCAUGUAUGCUCUUGGCACACUCUCACCUUUGUCGCUGGUCACAGCACUUACCUGUAUGCACAGGUUGGGGGGGGGUGCCCCUUGCUCCAAGCUAGGAUCCAGCUGUGUGAUGCCAGAGCCAUGGGGUUUUUUUGGACUGGAUGCCUUUCUUGCCAGAUUAGUCAUGUCCUGUGGAGAUGAUUCUGUUGCAGAGUCUCCAGUUUCCUUUUCUCAUCCAUCAUCAGUUCAUUUUCCAGCAGCAGUGGCUCUCCAGUGUGCUGUCCUUUGGAAGACCGGGAGCAAAGCUGUCAUGUCUUGGCGUGACAUCUUCCCUGGAGAGGUGGUGGGGGUGAGCAAAAAAACUCUUUGGCGCAUUCACCAUUAACAGAAAGAAGUGUGAGUGUGUUCGCAUGAUUGAAGUAGUAGAAACAGAUUUCUGACUGUUGCACAGGAGAAAACAAUACAGUCCAACAAUGUUUGGAGAUUUGGUGAAAUCCAAAUGAGGCUUAGCCUGUCAUCUGGAGCUGCUACACAGGACACAGGUGCAGUUAUCAUGGUCAGUCUCUGGAAAAUGGCAUAGGAACCCCCCCACACACACACACACACACCCAUGUUUUCUCUCUGCAGCUGUAGAAUCUGGGCCAUCAAGCAGGGUCUAUGGAGAUUCUCAGUCAUCUAGGCAGGGUUGUCCCAAAGGUGGGGUUUUUUUCCCAAGAGGCAACUGGACUUGCUUGCUUUUUCUUUGAGGCACAGGCUCUUGUGCUUCAGUUUGAGAUUCAGACAACACUGAUUCAUCCCCAACAGCCUGUGCCUGCUUCCACAGUGAAGGGACCCAGGGCAGAAAACAUCCUGCAGCCAAGAAGGCUCCACACACAUUUGUGCUACUCAGGUGAGCCUGCGAACACAGGUAAACCUCCAAAUGGUCCCAGGGACUCUCUCAAAGGGUGCAAAUGACCAUCUGUCUGCAAGGAAUAUAAAUCCUUCCAUUCCCCACCAUCCAGUCAGAGCUGAAGAAGCUUCUUGGAUGAGAAGUGAAACAUCUUCAGAGAAAAAACAAGAAAGUCUAGUUGCCUCCUGAAAAAAAAAGCAUUUUUGGGAUCAAGCAGGGUCUUUUCCCAGCAGCUUUGUCCAUGGAUGACAGCAGAGGUCAGGGGCAGCAGCAGCCUUUGUUUGCUGAAAUGGAAAGUUGUGUGCUUAGUUUUUGAGUUGCUUUUCCAUAGCCCUUCCAGGAAACAGCCUUCCCUUCUCCUGGUGAGCCCUAUGCAAGGGAGUCCCGAACAUGAUUCCCAAGUGUGAGAGAAGCAUUUCUAAUAUGGAUGUGGGAGACAGACAGACAUAGACCUGUGGGAAAGCUCCCUCUGCAGGAAGGAGCACUUGGAGGCCUCGCCUGCAGCACAGCCUCCCAGCCUGCUUUAAGUUCCACCCUAGGUUUAAUCUUCCCAUAGAAACGUUGGAAGCAGAAGUUGCCAGGGGAAGGAGCAACUCCAGAAGGGGCAAUCGGGGGUCUUCCCAGGAGAGGAGCAGGAAGCUGUGUCAGGGGAGUCAUCUCCCAAGCCUUAGGAAUGCUGACUUAUCCCUCCAGAGCUCUGCCCCUUCCUACGUUUAAUUUUUUUCCCCCUUCCCCAAGAUAGUUAACAAUAUGUCUGAAAGGUUUGGUCCUUCUCCCACUCUUGACAAAAAUAGCAAUACUCCAUUGAUGUAAAGUUGGGUGUUCCACCAUCUGUUGCAAUAAAAAGCUGAUUGGAAAGAGAUGGAAAAGGACUCUGGGGUGGGGUAAGGGCCAUGAAAGGGAUGUUGUGAGCUGCUGGUUUUGUUUGGGGAGCUGUCAUGUUGGGUGAGACAUCACAGACAAAAUUCCUGUUGUAAAAAAAUUGCGAAGAACAUUUGUAUAGAGACUAUUUUUGUAUUACACCCAGCUAGUCCAGCAUGCCAGCAAUAAAAUUUCAUAAUGUAGAAUUCA